CUUGUUUGAUUCUAUAGAUACGGAGUAAAAUAAUUGAUACUACGUACAAAGUACUCCGUAUAACAACGGUAUAAUAAUAAUGAAUCAUACGGAACAUUAUUGGGAAAUAGAUUGCGACAGUCCGUCUACGCUACUGCACAUACUUGAUUUCUUUACCAAAUAAAAAACCACACUUCACACUUGACACUCCACUACUCCACUCUAAACGUCUGAAGUCUUGCCCUUAAUUGCGUUCUCCAAAACAUAAACAAAAACAAAUAAACUAUGAACAUCUUCAAUCUUCUUCUUCUUCCUUCUUAUAUCUAAUUUUUAUUAUUCCCACUUUCUUCUUCCCCACUUUUUUAAUGGCAACGGCUAUUUUUCUUGUCUUCCUCUUGUUCACCACCUUCAUUUCCUCCGCCGUUUCGGCUCCGGUGACGGAGGUUGACUCACUGCUAGCCUUUAAGAACAAUCUCAAUGACCCACUUGGCGCUUUAGACGGCUGGGAUGCGUCCACGUCACUUGCUCCCUGUGACUGGCGUGGUGUUACCUGUUCUUUUAGCAAAGUUCAGGACCUCCGUCUUCCACGGCUUCAGCUCUCCGGCGAAAUAUCGCCGGAGCUUGGGAAUUUAAAGCAGUUGCAGGGGUUGAGCCUGCACUCUAAUAAUUUUCAUGGGUCGAUUCCCGGUUCGCUUUCGUCUUUGCCUCUGCUUCGUGCUCUUUACCUUCAUAAUAAUACCCUUUCCGGAGAUGUUCCGCCGGGGAUUCUCGAGAUGAAGAAUAUUCAGGUUGUUAAUCUCUCCGGUAACAACCUGUCGGGCAGAAUCCCCGGCGGAAUUUCUGAUAGUGUCCGAGUGCUGGACCUUUCUUACAACGGAUUCUCCGGACAAAUCCCGGGGAAUUUCUCAAAGGGGUCGCAGCUCAGGCUGAUCAAUCUGUCGUCAAAUAGGUUUUCCGGUGAGAUUCCGGCGAGCAUUGGUGGGCUUCAGUGGCUGCAGUACUUGUGGCUCGUCUCGAAUCUUCUCGUGGGAACGCUGCCUUCGGCGAUCCUCAGCUGUACCUCGCUUGUUCAUAUCUCGGCAGAGAACAAUUUCAUCUCCGGCAAUGUUCCGGCGACGAUUGGAGCAAUGCCGUUGCUGGAGGUACUUUCUCUCUCCUCUAAUAAUCUCUCUGGUAUGGUCCCUGCCUCUGUGUUCUGUAAUGUAUCAAGCCCUAGGUCGCUUCGAUUUGUUUUUCUGAGCAACAAUGCGCUCACAGGUGUCGCAAAGCCGGGUUUAGGCUGUACUUUUAAGGGUAGUUUGGAGAUUCUAGAUGUUCACGGGAAUCGCAUUGUUGGCGAGUUUCCGAGUUGGGUGGCGGAUAUCCCAACGUUGAGGAUUUUAGAUCUUUCUGGAAACCUCUUCACGGGUUCACUUAUCGCGAACUUUGGGAAUUUGACGAGAUUAGAGGAGCUUAGAGUGGCUAAUAAUUCUCUAACUGGCCAAAUUCCUGGUCAAUUAGGACAAUGUAGGGUGUUGAGGGUUCUUGAUCUUGAAGGAAAUCAAUUUUCUGGGAAAAUUCCUCGGGUUUUCGAAAAUUUGAAUAAAUUGAGGGUUUUGUCAUUAGGGAGGAACAGAUUUGUGGGUUCAAUUGAUAUUGAUGUGGGUAGCAUUCAGAGUUUGGAAGUAUUGAAUUUGAGUGAAAAUGAGUUGACUGGAGUGGUCCCAGAUGAAGUGCUUCAACUCAGUAAUUUGACUUCUUUGAACCUUAGUUUUAAUAAAUUUUCUGGGCAGAUUCCUGUGAGAAUUGGGGAUAUGAAGAAUUUAAUGGUCUUGAAUAUGAGUCAUUGUGGGUUUUCGGGUCCGAUUCCGGCUAGCAUUGGGAGUUUGAUGAUGCUAAGAGUUUUAGAUUUGAGCAAGCAGAAUAUUUCUGAGAAUUUGCCUGCUGAGUUAUUUGGGCUGCCUAAUUUGGAGGUUGUUGCAUUACAGGAGAAUAGUUUACAGGGGAAUAGUAUUGAGGGAUUUAGUAGUUUGGCUGGUUUGAGAUACUUGAAUCUUAGCUCUAAUUCACUCUCUGGUGAUAUUCCGGCAACUUUUGGCUUCCUCCGGUCCUUGGAUGUCCUUUCUCUAUCGGAGAAUCGAUUAUCAGGGAACAUUCCACCACAGCUUGGCAAUUGUUCAGAGUUAGAAGUGCUUGAACUUGCCUGGAAUCAUUUAGCGGGCAAUAUUCCGAAUUCUUUGUCAAGGUUAUCUCAGUUGAAGGUACUUAAUUUGGGUCAUAAUAAUUUGAAUGGUAGUAUUCAGGAUGAGAUUUUCAAUUCCUCUAAUUUGCAGUAUUUGGCCUUGGAUUCGAAUCAUUUAUCAGGUUCCAUACCAAGUUCAUUAUCAAAUUUGCUACACCUUAGAACGCUGGACCUCUCAUCAAACAAUUUGAGUGGCUCCAUUCCAGAAAAUAUCACCCAUAUUCCCACCUUGCUAUAUUUAAAUUUGUCUUCUAAUCAUCUUGAAGGAGAAAUCCCGAAAACCCUAGGUACUCACUUCAAUGAUCCCUCAUUAUUUGCAAACAACAGCAACCUAUGUGGGUCUCCAUUGAAGAAUGCGUGUCCAUCUGUGGGAAAGAAAAAAAGGUCGAUAUUGCUUAUUGCUGUAGCUCUAGCUGGGGUUCUCGUCCUAACACUAUGUUGUUGUGGCUACGUUAUAAGCCUCCUUCGUUGGCGCAAGAAGCUCAAAGAAAAGGCAACCUGGGGAGAGAAGAAACCUAGCACACCGAGAAGAAGCUCUAAAAGUAGAAGCAGCAGUGAAAGUGGUGUCCCAAAGCUAGUCAUGUUCAAUAACAAGAUAACAUUGCCUGAAGCCUUAGAGGCAACAAGGCAAUUUGAUGAGGAAAAUGUUCUAAGCAGAGGAAAGUAUGGGAUGGUAUUCAAGGCCUCAUUUAAUGACGGAAUGGUCCUGGCUAUCCGAAGAUUACCUGAUGGACUCCUUGAAAAUCGAGUCUUCAAGAAGGAGGCUGAGAUGCUCGGGAAAGUGAAGCACAGGAACCUCACUGUUUUAAGGGGGUAUUAUGCAGGUCCACCAGAUAUAAGACUCCUAGUUUACGACUACAUGCCUAAUGGUAACUUGGCUACUCUUCUUCAAGAAGCAUCACACCAUGAUGGGCAUGUUCUAAAUUGGCCGAUGAGGCAUUUGAUUGCCCUUGGGAUUGCUCGAGGGAUCACAUUUUUGCACACCUCAGAAAUGGUUCAUGGGGAUAUCAAGCCUCAGAACGUGCUAUUUGAUGCUGAUUUCGAAGCACAUUUGUCAGAAUUUGGACUAGACAGGCUGACAUUUGCAACACCAAUUGAAGCCUCGACAUCAACUCCAUCAAUUGGAACACUUGGUUAUGUAGCCCCGGAAGUAAUGUCAACAGGUCAAGUUACCAAAGAAGGGGAUGUGUAUAGUUUUGGGAUUGUUUUGUUAGAAAUAUUGACUGGGAAAAAGCCAAUUAUGUUUGAGCAGGAUGAGGAUAUUGUGAAAUGGGUCAAGAAACAGCUGCAAAAGGGUCAAAUUUCCGAGUUACUAGCCCUGGGUUAUCUCGAACUUGACCCGGAAUCAUCCGAGUGGGAGGAGUUUUUACUUGGUAUCAAAAUUGGUCUCCUCUGCACUGCAGUCGACCCAAGUGAUAGACCGUUAAUGGGAGAUAUCGUCUUUAUGCUUGAGGGUUGUCGGGUGGGGCCUGAUAUCCCUUCCUCAGCAGAUCCGACUCGUCUCCCUUCCCCAGCUGGAAUGAGAGAAUGGGUUUUGAGGGGUUACUAGAGAUGCUACUGGUGAUGUUGCAACGUGUGUGCAGCUUGGUCUAGUGAUGACAGUUGAGGUUGGUGAAGCUCUUGCGAUGCUGACAUUCCCUCAUGAUCUCAUAUGAUGCAGGCUUUCGGAACUUCAUUCUUGAAACUGAUAAUAGUAAGCUCCAUAGUCACUUGAAGCAGGGAGUGUGUCAUCCAUCUGAAUUCGGGCAUAUACGGAAAGAUAUCCGUAGUAUGGCUGCUCUGUGUGCCUUUGUUUCCUUUACUUUUUUUAAAAGAGGGGGAAAUAAAUGUAGCCCACUCUUUUGCUAAACUAAACAGGAACUUUGAGAAUGUGAGAGUACGGCUUGAAGAGUAUCCUAGUGAUAAUCAUAGUCUGACUUAGAGGCCAUUUCUUCUUAAUAUAAUCUGAUUGUUUGGUGUUAAAAAAAAAAAAAAAAACAGGGCAGCUUUAAAUUCUAAAAAUGUGCCUAUUUUUUGAGAAUUUGGUGGGAAAUUUAAUAGCCCAUAGUAUAGUACGAGUAUAUGUUUUGAAAGCAACAAAACUGUUACCAGAAAGCUGCAGCUGAGUACAUAAAUAAAUAAGCAGUACCUUUGUUGUCCUCAUAAUUGCUUUGGUAGCACCUUGUCCUGCCCUCAUAAAAUCAUAAGUUGUCCUUUUCUAAAUGAUAAUGCAA